AUGAAGCAUGAUACUAUAAGAAGCCAAUCUGCAUUUUUCCAGCCUAGCAAAGACAAGAUCCAAAAGCUCUCCAAUGUUCCCCUCAAAAUGUGCAACUUGAAGCUUAAUGACAAUUUAUCGCUUCCAUAUAUCGUGAAAAACAAAAUAAACAAAAUUCAAUAUCGAACAUAUCCCAAAAGAAAAAUCCUUGACACUCAGCUCUGAAAAGCUCGAAUUACUGAAAGCGGAAUUCAGCAAAAAAUCGACAUGCAGAGAUCGAUAAGUUUAAAAGACAUCUUAAAGCUGAACUCCAAGCCAAAUUUAGAACUAAUCAAAAGGACUGAAUAUGUGUGUAAAAGCCCAAGGUGGUCAACUUCGCUAUAG